AUGGACGCGCCACGUCGUGACGAUGUGAACAACGAAAACUCUCUACCUCACGCCGCACUCGACUCAUCGGUCACAGAUCGUAGGACAGACAAUCGCGUGUCAACAUCUCGCGUUCGAUCCGCGCUAUGUUCCUCGUCCGACUGCGGCGCCGGCGGAGUGGCACCAACUUCCACAAGUCUGGACUCCCAUGGUGCUGCCAAACAACAUCAAUUCGCCUCCAGCGCGGUGUCCGCAGUCCUCAGUGUUGCGCAGGCACUGGCGCUUCUUGGUGCUCCUGCUCCACCUAUGGCACCGCCAGCACCGCCCAUCCUCACCCUAGCAACAGCAGCUCUAGCACCACCCGUCUUCACCGGAGUCGCUCUUCCUCCGCCCUCGCAAGACAGGAUUAUCGGCCAUCAGAGCGGUGUUGCGGUGCGCAUCGCGGCGAACACGGACUACGGCAGGGUUCUCGACGGGCGACCACCGUUCAAUGUUCGUCCGCCUAAAAAUGUCGACAUCAGCAUGAAGGAGCUGUGCGUCUUCUUUCCCAACUGGUUCCAAAACCCCGCUGUCGUCUGUCGUGCCUUCCGCAACGGCUUCCGCCGCAGACAGCUCGCGACGCUGCAGCUCGAGGCUGUCGACGAGCAAUAUAAUGAGCUAGAGAUGAAGAAGGCAGGGGAACGCCUCCAGAAGCAAGUCAGCCAAGGCGCCAAUCUCAUCGAUGGCAAAGACAAGAACGCUUCUUUUGAUCUGACCGCCUUCAGAAGGGCGAAGGGCUUGCAAAACGACCUCACAGCGAAUCGGUGGUUGUUGAGGGACGAAUAUCCCGGCCAAAGCAACGGCGCAACCUGGCGCGAUAUGACGCUGGUUGACAUUGCAAGCUCCGUCCCAAGGGUCAAUUGGCCUCGCGGAGGAGAUAGGCUGCUGUUGACGGAAUGUCUGGCCUACGCUGUCCGGCAUCCACAGUAUGAUCUUGACACCUCGCACUGGGACUGGAUCAUCCAGCACCAUCUGCAGCAUGUUGCGCUGCCGCCUGCGCCAAACGCGCCGGACAACAGAGAUACGGAGGCGCUCGCUCGUCUGUUUUAG